GACUGUACUACAAUUCAUGGCUUUUAGCGGCUCCUUCUAAUGGUGGAGUUGUGUCAAAACUUCUGCCUGUAAGCAACAAAGUUCAGGUUCACAUGAGAGUUAUUGAACAUAAUAUUUGGACACGAACAAUUUCAACGAAGUCUCAGAGAUGCCAAAAUAGUGUAUUCAAAGUGUGUUAGCCUAAUUGUAGCCUUGUUACUAGAGUUUAAAAGUGUGAAAGUGCAAGCCCUACUGGGAGCACGUAGUGUGUUUGUACCUUUAAUGCUAAUUAGGUGUGUUUGUCCACACCUGUCUUUGACAGUGUGUGGCUCCAAAAAGCGCUAUUAAACACUUGAUCCACGUUUUACAGACUGUAUACACUGUAACACUGCGCUUGUACGGUGUAAUAGAUGCCGUAUAUCACAUACAACAACGUAACAAUAAGGAGUACUGCGCACAGUAGUAAUGCACACAAACGUUAGCAACUCUAGCAUAGCUUUGUGAGCUACAAUAAAGUCACAUUUUAGUAACAACAUCACGCUAUGUUAGCCUGUUCACUGAAGGAUAACAAAGUCAUCAAACUUAUAGCUCUCAUGUCUGUAACUGACUGAGUGAUAGUUGGCAGAGCUCCAAGAUUUACUUUCAGAUGUGUAGCGAAUAGGAAUGUCUCGAUCCGAUCUUUAGGAUUGGGCUCGGCUGCCAAUCCGCUGUAUUUUGAAGAUCGGAUAAUAUCGACUUCUGCCCUGAGAUCGGGACUAUUCGGUUGCCAUAACACGUUCGUAACUGUGAGCCACAUUCGACAUGGUAGGUGUGGUAAUGUGCCUAAAAGCUGGUUGACACUCAUCUCCCGCCACCCGCAAGAAAUGGAAAACGCAGCACCACCAUGCAGACAUGUCCAUGGUGUAUUGUGGUGAAGUUAGUUGCACGUUGGAUGUCGGAUAUUCAGCUUCGUACCUACAGCCGUAGUUCCCCCUCACUUUGCCCAGACUGCUGUGCCAUUGUGCAGGGAGUUUGCACGCAGUGGCGGAGCUACGUGUUAGCCGUGGCCACCUUUGGUCACUCUCCAGCCACCACACUGGCCAUCUAGACUAGGGCUGGGCGAUAUAUCAAUAUUUUUUAAAUAUUGAUAUUUACUUUAAGCACGAUAUCAAAACCAACCAGAUCGUUGUUAUCGAUAUAGAUUAGAUUUGCACUGUAUCCCCCUCAUCCCUGCAUUCAGGAGGACGGAGGAGAGGCGGGGCAGAAGCCUCGUGAAGCGAUAGCAUCAGCAGUGGAAGAAUUAGUCAGCAAGGAAUAAGCGGUAGCUCAGUAAUGUGGAGGUACUUGGAAUUAAUGGAUUUUUUUUCACCACCUUAAAACAAACUCUAAUACGAGGAAUGUGGGCUGCUACGCGCUGUCUGCUGUGCUCCUGUUGUGUUCCUCAUGAAAGGAACAGCAAAGUGGUGUGCUAUUAUAAAGAGGUGUCCUAUCACAUUGCUACGAUAUGGUUGCAGUUGCAACAGUGGAAAAAAACGGCCUUAAAAACCUGCUGAAAACGAUGGGCUUGCGAGGUCCAGCGAGCUUCGCAGUCACAGUUAUUUAGCACGACAAGCUCUACCACAAACACACAUGGAAGUUAGACAAACAGUUGCUAAGCUUGAUGCAUUUGACAGGUUGGUGUUCCUGGCACAAAAUAAGGCCAUGCUUGUGUCUUCUAAAAAUGUUUACCUAAAAAAUACUACUGUUCAAUUUAAAGUAUUUUUGAGUUGCUGACAUUUUAAAAUUUCCUUUAAACUGGGCUCUCCUUCAUUUUUUGUUCUUUUGUUAUUAGCUGAGGAUUUGAGCAUAGCUAAAGGUUCGUGUCACAGGGUUCCACCGCUAGACCCUCAAAACAGUGAGGAAAAACAAUGGCGAAGUCAAAACGGUAACUUUGAGGGUGUUUAUUGUGCUCUCCAUGUAGUGCAGGCAGUGAAAAAAGUGUUCAAGAAUGUGGACAAAAGUGCAAAAAUAGUAAGGAAAAAAUAUUUACCGCCACUUAAUACUACCCUCUUGUAUUCUACUGCCACACCGCUCCCACCUGCUUUGCUGCCAACUCUCCAACCUACCCCCACCCUGAAUGAUUGGUGGCAAAAGCCUUUUUAUAUAUUCCAAGCCCCUCCCACCAGGCAAGGGAAAAAAAACACGAUUAAUCAAUUACAUAGUAAAAAUAACACAAAAAAAUGGUUAUAAAUUUGCAACUACAAUUUGCAAAAAUGUAAAAAAAACAAUAUCCAACGAAAUUUCAUUCUUACAACACCAAUGAACCCGUAUUUGGCCGUUAAAUAAAAUACAAAAAUCCACCUGCUGGCGGAAGUGACGUCUCGGAAGUGCCGCCACAAAGGAUGCCUUAUCAGACGUCUGAUGACGUGUGCAUUGUUUGACUGCAAUUGCCACGAACAUGCUAUGGUUGAUGAUGAGGACCUGCAGGAUGAGCCAUUGCAGAUCACAGUGUUGGACCAUGACACUUACAGUGCAAACGACGCCAUAGGGAAGGUUUACAUCGACAUUGACCCACUCCUGUGCAGUGAGGCCGCCUCUGUCAUCUCCGGCUGGUUUCCCAUCUAUGAUACUAUCCAUGGUAUCCGUGGGGAGAUUAAUGUCCUCGUCAAAGUGGAGCUCUUCAAUGACUUAAACCGCUUUAGACAAUCAUCCUGUGGAGUCAAGUUCUUCUGCACCACAUCCAUCCCUCGCUAUUACCGGGCAGCGAUGGUUCAUGGCUUUGUGGAGGAGCUAGUAGUGAAUGAAGAUCCAGAGUAUCAGUGGAUUGACCGUAUCAGAACUCCUCGAGCCUCCAAUGAAGCUCGCCAGAGGCUCAUCUCUCUAAUGUCUGGAGAGCUGCAGAGGAAGAUAGGCCUCAAAGUACUAGAGAUGGGGGGGAAUGCUGUGGUGGGCUACUCGCAGUGUUUUGAUCUGGAAGGAGAGUCUGGCUUGGUAGUGCGGGCCAUAGGUACCGCCUGCACACUGGACAAACUCGGCUCUGGAGGCACGGGCAGCAUCACCACCACCACCAUCACCACCACACACAUGCACCCUAACACAGCUCCUGCCUCCAAUGCCUGCAAUUCCCCUUCUAAGGAUGGAAAGGAGCCGGUAUUUGGUGAGGACCUUGCCUCGUCAUCCGGCCCGCCUAUCCCUUUCAAAGCCCUCCCCACCUCCUCUUCCUCUCCUCCCCCCUUCUCUCCUUCCAAGCCAUGCAGCCGCCAGUCCUCAUCAUCAGACACAGACCUCAGUUUGACGCCCAAGACGGGAAUGGGCAGUGGGGGCAGUGCCGGCAAGGAGGCGGGACCCCUGAAGACUCUGCUUAGACAGCAGACACAGACAGCUCUCGAGCAGAGGGGAGCCUCCUCCUCUGGGUUAUUGUUAAACGCCAUGGAAUUCCCCUUCUUCACUUUGACGUCUUUCCCACCUGGGUUUCUGGUACAUGUCGGUGGAGUGGUCAGCGCUCGCUCAGUCAAACUACUGGACCGCAUACACAACCCUGCCUUGGGUAACACGCGCUCAUACAAACUGCUUGACUGGAAUAGUGUCACGGCAGAUGAGCCUGAGACCCGUGAUGCCUGGUGGGAGGAGAUACGACAGGAGAUCAAGUCACAUGCCAAAGCUCUCGGUUGUCACGCUGUUGUUGGAUACAGCGAGAGCACCAGCAUCUGCGAGGAGGUUUGUAUCCUGUCAGCGUCUGGUACAGCAGCCAUCUUGAAUCCUCGCUACAUGCGCGAAGGCUGUUUGGACAUUGGAAGCACGGAACACAGGUUUGAGGAGCCUUCUCCCCCAAGUUGUGGCUUCUGUCACAUACCGUACGAUGAGUUCAACAUGCCCUUUCCUGCCCAGCUCACCUAUUGUUACCUCUGCAGACGACAAAAGGUCCCUGAUGUUCUGUUCACAACAAUUGACUUGCCACCAGAAGCAGCUGUCACAGGGAAAGGAUGUCUCAUUCAGGCCAGACUGUGCCGCCUGAAAAAGAGAGCCCAGGGGGAAGUCAAUGCAACGGCCAUCUCCAACCUGCUUCCUUUUAUGGAAUACGAACUGCACACUCAGUUGAUGAACAAAUUGAAGCUGCGUAACAUGAACGCUCUGUUUGGCCUUCACAUUCAGAUCAGUGUUGGCGAGAACAUGCUGCUGGGUCUAGCUUCUGCUACAGGUGUCUAUCUGACUGCCCUGCCUGCACCAGGAGGCAUUCAGAUUGCAGGGAAGACUCCCGGCGACCUGAGCAACGAGCACCACAUUUUGACUAUUCAGAAAAGGAUCAAUGACACCAUAGGGAAGAACAAAGAACUUUAUCAAAUCACUCCUCCGAAAUUAUUUACCCUGGACCCUGAGGUGCUCUGCGACAUAAACAUGGAUCCCACAGAAGAACUGGUGGGGUCUCCAAUCCCUGAGCCCAGACAAAGGACCAGACUGUUCCGCUCCCACUCGGAAAGCUCAGAUGAAUUGUUAGAACUGGACCUCUCUCAUGGCAAGAAGGAUGCUUUUGUGCUAGAGAUUGAUGACACUGAUGCUGUGGAAGAUAUUCACUCUCUUCUCACGGAUGCCCCUCCUCCCUCUGGUUUUCACAGCUGCAACACUGAGAUCAUGCCUGGGAUUUAUAACUGGACUUCAGGUGUACAGAUGUUUACAUCAGUGAGAGUAUUAAGGUUGAGUAAUGCCAAUCUCACCAAUCAAGGCUUGAACAAGAUCUUUACUGACCUGUGUGAGAACCUACUGAAGAGUUUUUACUUCAAGUUGCGCUCUAUGAUCCCCUGCUGUAUUUGUCAUCUCAACUUCACUGUCGCAGUACCAGAAGAAGAACUUAUACAGGUUGCCGUGACGGCAGUUGCCAUGACAUUUGACAAGGACCAAACCCAGGAGAAGCCUGCAGAAAAGCCCAUCGCCAAAGGGUGCAGUGAGACUGAAGAGCAGCUGCAGUUUCCACUAGAGCUCUGCGCCGAUUCCCCAUCCACUAACUUUCAGCCACCAUCCAAAAUCUCAGUCUCUUUACUCACUCCAGCUGCAAAACUCUGCCAAAGUCAGCUGGUUAUUGUGCAAUCGGAAGGUGUCUCAGGGAGUACCGCUGUGUCAUCCAGAGCUGCCUCCGUUGAUUACGGUUCCUUUGCAGACAGAUGCAGCACCUGGCUAGAGCUGCUUAGGCUGAAAGCUCACACCAUAAGACGAGGAUCAGUUAAGACAAUCUCAUCAUUGGAUCGCUCCAGUCCACUGGCAGAAAGUCGUUCCCGCUCGCUGCGCUCCAACCGCUGCUCAUUUGGAGGAAGUUCGGUCACUGUGGUGAAGAUGACGCCUCUUUCUUUUCUCCCCGGCCUGCGAAUUAUUAAAUACUUGGGUAUCAUCAACAUGUUCUUCAUUCGAGAGACAACAUCACUAAGAGAGGAAGGUGGUGUAAGUGGCUUCCUGCAUUCAUUCAUCGCAGAGGUGUUUGCCAUGGUUCGAGCCCAUGUAGCAGCUCUGGGGGGUAAUGCAGUCGUGUCCUACAGCAUGAAAGAGUGUGUGUUAAUGGAAAAUCCAAACAAGAACCAGGCCCAGUGUCUCAUCAAUGUGAGUGGCGAUGCUGUCAUCUGCGUGAAGGAAACAGAUCAGGAGCCCACGUCCUCGAUGACAAACACAGGACAGACAUGCAGUACCGGAAUUGAAGGGGCCACAUGACACCCACCCUCACCCACACAAUGCAAAGUCUAGCCGUCCAAAUACGAGCAAUUUGUCUGCCUUAACUUUUUAAAAGAUCCCAAAGUUCGGACACAGGUAAUAAUAAACAAGACACUCGAACAUGCACAUGAAAAAUGCACUAAUUCGAGUGAGGGGUUUAAAUAAAUACUAAUUUGGCUGAAUGUCAAGUGAGUUUUUCCAGUAUAUGUGCUUGAUAUAAUGGCCAAAAAAGCACUUAACUUUUCCCUGUUUUAACUGCUGUCCCAUCGAAUGUCCCUCCCCAAAGCUCCUGUGGGUACCAGUUACACUUGGCAGCUAUGACCACUUUUCCCAUCGGAAGGAACCAAAUCAAAAUAUGUAAUAAAUGUAUAACACAUUUCUAAUGCACCCAUAUUUUCCCUUAGUGUUCUUGAUCCGCUCAGAUCCUUGUUUCCAGAAUUCAAAUUUUUAAUUGUUGACAUUUUUAAAGCUACAAUUGUCAAUUUUGUAUUGACUAUUGUUCCAGUAUUAUUGAUAGGAAGAAUCAGUUUUUUGAGGGUGUCAAAUAAUCAUACUUUUCGCAUCAGCUACUCAGACAGCAUGUGUCAAAAUGAAAUUUAAUAAUUUAUUAUUUGGAGAUAUUUUAGUGUUCAAUCUGUUUUGUUUCUGAUUAAGAUUUGUUACUGUUUUUACCUCAAAUGGUAACGUAGCAUUGGCAUCAUUUUAAUGCUGUGUACUGGACACUCACACCUUAAGUGAGCGGUAAAUACCAGAUACAUUUAAAAAGCAACUGACAUCCAAUCUUUGUGGUUUGGUCCACUUUUCACACGUGUGUGUGUAUGUUCAGAGCAUCUGUGGCUUGUCUUGCACCAGUAGAACAGUUUGUUUGUUUUUUUUUAAUUAAAGGUCUGUGUCAACUGUAUUUCCUCAGCUUACAUCGUUGCUAUUUUGGUGACUGCUACAGAUUUGUCUGUAUGAUGUCCAUAAGGGAUGUUUAAUGCAGGGAAAAAAACAUCUUGUGAUGUAUGCUUUUAAGCUGUACAUUUGCAUCCUAAUCAUUUUUUAAGUGCAAUAAGUGCUGUGUACUCGGACUUAGUGGUACUAUAAAUGUGUAAAAGCAGGUUGUGAUCCAUUUCGUAUGUGUGUGUCAACACUUGAAUGAUAAAUGCAUUUGUUUUCUCAGACUAGAAGCAUGCAGAACUUGUAUGCUUGCCUGGUAAGACUUGCACAAUAAAGUCAGUCAAACCGU